AGACCCCAAAAUAAUCCACGGAGUAUCAAAGGUUAUACCUGUUGCAGGAGACUGUACUUAUUUCCAUUAAAAUGAUAAUUCACGGUUUAAACUUGGUCAAACCAUAGACCUUCGAUACUCGUAAACAUGUUAUGACUGUUCAUUAGGUAACAAAUACCAAUACAUAUAAAACAAUGGUUUUAAUUGUUAACCGACAGAAUAAUUAAAAAUAUAUAAGCACAAGUUUCAGUCAUUUACUUCGGUAUAUCGUCUCGCUGCACUAAGCAUGUUAGAAACAUGUUUGCUACACUAAAAAAAUAUUUCUCUCCCGUUGCUAAUCAAAAUGAAGAACUAAGUUUUCUCCAGAUUUUUAAACCUAUCUACGUUUUACUUUCCACGCUCGGCUUAUUUCCUCAAACCAUACUAUUUCCUAACGAUGGACAAAACUCCAUUUGUACUCUCAAACACAGCGUGUAUAAUUGGUGUCAUACCUUAUUAAUGAUCAUUUUAAUUCACAGCUUUUAUAUUUUUCAUUUACAAGUAUUGCACAUCUCUAGUCAAGAGAACUCCAUAACGCAAGGCAGUAUGACAUUAACGAACUACAUUAUUGACCUAUCGCUGCAAGUAUUGUUCUGCACAGUCUCAUAUUUCCAUGUGAUUCGUGACAGAAAUCUGUAUAUCAGGAUGCUACAAGACAUGGCAGGCUUCUGGGACAGGUUAGCAAUGGGUGAAAGGAGACAGAUUCUUGGACAAUUACGUGUUCAGAUGUGUGCUGUACUGAGCCCGAUUGUAAUUAUCCCUUUACUAGCAGUUAUCACAUACAGGGGACCUCUUGGUGUAUGGAAGAAGAUACUGUUUACCGUAACUUUUAUUUUACCAGAGAUAAUACAAUUUAUAAUGAUUUCAUUUUAUUUGGUAAUGAUUUUGAUGAUAGUGGCGCUUUUGAAAAAUAUUGAAGAGGAGAUUAAAAUCUUAGUUCUGAGAAAUAACAUUUGCUAUAAUUCACUUGGAACUAAAUCGGAAAUGGGCAUAUUCAAGAUAAAGAAUGUGUACGUGAAGACGCUAAAGAUCAAGCGGCAGGUGAACGCGGCGUUUCAGGCACCGAUCCUGGUGGCGUUGACAGUGUGCUUCCACGAGCUGAUGGCCUUACCCCACAUGAUAUACCACGGUACGGUCUAUGUACCGAACUUCUCUGUAAACAACACUAUCGGGCUCAGUCUAUGGGUAUUCACGCAGCUGCUAAAAUUGUCUGCUUUGGCAUGUUCGGGAGCAUUGUUGAAAUCACAGGUAAAUAAAAUUGGCCGCACUAUAUAUAAUUUUCCGAUAAGAAGAGAUCAAGAUUUAAAGGCUUAUUUACUCGUACAACACUUUUCAUCACUGAUGUCUUAUCAAAAAGCAGAAAUUACUAUCUACGGCUACUUUGCACUGGAUGGAACUCUCAUAUUUAAUAUGGUGGCUUCAGCAUUCAUGUAUUUAACCAUUUUGGUGCAGUUUGACCAGAUUUGACUUAUUCUCUUAGAUCUCAGUUUAUCUCUUCUCUUCGACACCCUUCUAUCAAUGCAAUAUUAAAAAACACAACAAUGCAAGCUUUUAUUGUCGACUACUCUUUUCUUUAUAAAAUCAUAAAGUAUUCGUAAAACAUUGUGAUUAUUAUGAACUACCUUACCUAUUUAUAUCUAAACUAUAAUAGGUACAAACAUUAGCAUCUGGGUACUUACGAUACAUUAAUAACCUGAAUGAGUGUACUUAGUGAUUGACUACCGCAUGACAUGCGAUCUCAAUUAAAUUCGAGGAGGCGGAUUUGAUAUUAAUCUCGCACUCACAAAUAUACCUGAGAUGCAUUGAGACGAAUAUCUAAUCGAUAUUAUAUUUUGUCAUUUUAAAUAUACCUUCUGCUUUAAAAGUAAGGUGGUAGUACUAGUACUCGACAUGCAGAUGCCCAAAAGAUAACACCCUACUGCCACCUCUAUUGACAAUGACUUAAGUUUCAAGAUG